AUGUCAAAUACCUCUGGUAGGAAUAAUGUUUUCAGGUGUAAUUAUUGCAAUGAAGGGAAAGUUGUAAUGAAAAGAUGCAGAACAGGGUAUCUAAGCUGUAAAGAAUGUUUUAUACAUAACUUUGAGGAGGAAAUACAUGAAUAUAUCACAGAAAACAGAAUGUUUAAAAGAGGUAAUAGAGUUGGGGUAUGUAUUUCAGGAGGCAAAGAUUCUAGUGUUCUAUUAAAUGUGUUGUAUGAACUUAAUAAAAAAAAAGAUUAUGGAAUAGAACUGGAAUUAAUUGCUGUAGAUGAAGGUAUUAAGGGAUAUAGGAAUGAUUCUUUAGAAGUUGUUAAGUAUCAGCAAGAAUACUAUAAUUGUCCUUUAAUCAUCCUUUCUUUUAAAGAUAUGUUCAAUACAACAAUGGAUGAGAUUCAAAGUAAAUCAAAUAGGUCAAAUUCAUGUACUUAUUGUGGUGUAUUUAGAAGAAAAGCAUUAGAUAUUGGAAGCUACAAAGUUAACGCUGAUGUUAUUUGUACAGGCCAUAGCUGUGAUGAUACAUGUGAAACAUUAUUAUUAAAUAUAUUACGUGGUGAUUUUAACAGAUUACAGAGGUGUAUAAAUCCUAUAACAAGCAAUGAAAUUACUCAAACUAAUGACCAAGUACAAAAUAAUGAUACUCAAAAUGAAACAUUCUCAAAUAUAAAACCUAGAGUUAAACCCCUAAUGCACUGUUAUGAAAAAGAAAUUGUAUUAUAUGCACAUUAUCUUAAUCUAAGAUAUUUCUCAACUGAAUGUACUUAUUCCAUUGAUGCAUAUAGAGGAGUUUCACGCGAAUUUAUACGUAAACUCCAAAGUUUUGAUUAUAAAUAUUCUUUCAAUAUGAUACUUGCAGCUCAAGAACUUAAUCUUGAACAAUCCAAUUCUAAUCCUAAUUACAUAGCAAGAAAAUGCACUAUUUGUGGUUAUAUAUCAUCGUCUACGAUUUGUAAUGGAUGCAACCUUAUUAAUGCUCUUAAACAUGAUAAUCCUAAUCUUAUUCUUAAAAAUCAAAGACAAAAAAAGAAGAUUAUAUUAGAAGAAAGUUAA